CCAUGAGUACCAAGAUCAAGACGCCCAGGAGGAAGAGGAGGAGCGCCCCAAACCCAAACCUCUGGUGCCUCAGCUGGCCCCUCCAAAGAUUCCUGAGGGUGAGAGGGUGGAUUUUGAUGACAUCCACAGGAAGCGUAUGGAGAAGGACUUACUGGAGCUGCAUACUCUGAUUGACGUCCAUUUUGAGCAGAGAAAGAAGGACGAGGAGGAGCUCAUCGGCCUCAAGGAACGAAUCGAGCGCCGUCGGUCAGAGAGAGCAGAGAUCCAGAGGGUUCGAGCAGAGAAGGAGAAGGACAGGCAGAACAGGAUUGCGGAGGAGCGUCACAGGAAAGAGGAGGAGGAAGCCAAGAGGAAGGCUGAUGACGACCUCAAGAAGAAGAAAGUGCUGUCUGGCAUGGGAGCGAACUUUGGAGGCUUCCUGGCGAAGGCUGAGUCGAGGAAAGGCAAGCGUAUGACAGGCAGAGAGAUCAAGAAGAAGACGCUGAUGGACAGACGGCAACCACUAGGCAUCGACAACAUGAGGGAGGACGCCCUCAAGCAACGAGCACAGGAGAUGUGGAACGUGAUCUACCAGCUGGAGUCUGAGAAGUUUGAUUACAUGGAGCACAUGAAGCACCAGAAAUAUGAGAUCAUCGUGCUGCUGAACAGAAUCCAACACGCUCAGAAAUUUAAAAAGAUCCAUGGCAAAGGGAAGGUGGGCGGUCGCUGGAAAUAAAGGAGAGAAAACCUCCAAAAAACACGAUGAUGAUAAGAAGUGGAGGCAGUAUAUGAACAGAGGAAUCACAUAUUUCCUCUCCAUGGUUUCUUAGUGCCAGAGCCGCUCUGUUGGCGUUUCCUGUGUGUGUGACAGAUAUUGACUCUUUCUUGAUAAGAUGUAUUGAUAAUAAAAUGACAUGCACUCAG